AUGGUAAAAGAGUGUCUCGACUACGACAUCGGCCGAAUCCACUACAUCGGACCGGACAAGCAUCCCGAAUUCACCGUUUACAAAGAUAACAAAUACUUCAGGAUAACCAUCGGCGAUCCCCCCCCCCCCACAUUCGACUAUACCAAGAUCCACACAGUAGAGGACUGCUUCAAUGAGCUCGGAGUUGUUGAAUGGCGUAUAGACUGGACCAAGGAAGGUGGCUUCAGAUUAAAGACACCGGAACCCAUCAGCAACGGGGUUGACUUCAGAGGCGUAGCCAUCCCCGAUGCCGUGGCGACUGGAUAUCCAUGGCUUCCUGCAUAUAAUCUCAGGGACAUCACAGUUAAAUUGGACCCUGAUCCAAAAUCCGUCAUUCCUAAGAAGGUGUCUCUGGUUGAACAACCUAAUGAGGCCCUCUACUUCAAGAUGCUCACGGGAAGGGACAAAUUGGAUCUGAUCUGCUCUUAUAAUGAGGUCGAGAGCUAUACGAAGCUGUGGGACUCUGGGAUUUACGAUGAACCGCUUUUUUUAGGGGCUCGUGUUGUUGGUGUGGCGCAGGACUGCAGCAAAAAGGUGUUUGGUCUUCUUUUGUUGUACAUCGAGGGUUCUACUCUCAGUGAUGUGAUGCGGGAUGGACGACCGUUGCCGGAUAAAGAACGCCGGGAUAAAUGGUAUUGGCAGAUCAAGAAUAGUUUGAAGAUUCUUCAUCGGAGGGACUUGCUUUGGGGAGAUCCUAAGGCUGAUAAUAAUGUGCUCAUUGAUGUGAAUGAUGAUGCUUGGUUGACUGGGUUUGGGAAGAACUGUACGGCCCCGUGGGUGGAUAGGCGGGCAGAUGGUACGCUUGAGGGGGAUAAACAGGGAGUUAGGCGGUUGAAGAAGAUACUGCUUUGA